GCCUCAUCAGGAGGUAGCGGCUCUCUCUUACUUUAAAAAGCGAAGGAAAAAAAAAUCUCGAGAGAGAAAAGAAAAUGGUGAGAUCUAAAACCCUGUUACUGCUGAUCUCCCUCCAAACCCUAGCCCUCGCCCUCCUCCUCUCCCCGUCCCUCGCCGACGACGGCGACGUCGUCGUCCUCACGGCCUCCAACUUCGAGAACGAGGUCGGCGGCGAUCGCGGCGCUCUCGUCGAGUUCUACGCCCCCUGGUGUGGACAUUGUAAGAAGCUCGCCCCUGAGUACGAGAAAUUAGGUUCAAGUUUCAAAAAGGCAAAAUCUGUGUUGAUUGGAAAGGUGGAUUGCGAUGAGCACAAGGACCUUUGCAGCAAAUAUGAUGUUAAAGGUUAUCCCACUAUCAAGUGGUUUCCAAAAGGCUCCUUGGAACCAAAAAAGUACGAAGGUGCACGUACUGCAGAAGCCCUCACUGAGUUUUUAAAUACAGAAGGAGGGACUAAUGUAAAGUUGGCCACAGUCCCGUCUAGUGUAGUGGUGCUGACAUCAGAAUCUUUUGAUCAGAUCGUUCUUGAUGAGAAUAAAGAUGUUCUCGUGGAGUUCUAUGCACCAUGGUGCGGUCAUUGCAAAAACCUUGCUCCGACAUAUGAGAAAGUAGCCAAUGCUUUUAAAUUGGAAGAGGAUGUCGUGAUAGCUAAUCUUGAUGCUGAUAAUUACAAGGAUUUGGCUGAGAAAUAUGGAGUUAGCGGAUACCCUACACUGAAGUUUUUCCCAAAGAACAACAAAGCUGGUGAAGACUAUGACGGCGGACGCGAUGUAGAUGACUUUGUUACUUUCAUCAACGAAAAGUGUGGCACCAGUCGUGAUGCAAAAGGCCAGCUUACUUCCCAAGCUGGUGUAGUAGCAAGUUUAGAAUCUCUAGUGAAGGAAUUUACUAGCGCUGCUGAUGAUGAAAGGAAGGCUGUCCUUACUCGAAUUGAAGAGGAGGUUGGGAAGCUCAAGGGUUCCGCAGCAAGGUACGGUAAGGUGUAUUUGAAGGUUGCAAAGGGCUCCAUUGAGAAAGGAGCUGGCUACGCGAAAAAGGAGAGCGAACGUCUCCAACGCAUGCUAGAAAAGUCGAUCAGCCCUUUGAAGGCGGAUGAGUUCACCGUCAAGAAGAACAUCCUAUCCAUUUUUGCUGCUUGAGUUGCGAAAAUCUUUUUUUUUUAAAAAUUAUUAUAAAGCAGAUUAAGAGACUUGCAGUAAUUUUUGUGUAACAAUUUACAAUUUUAUGCCGAACUGUAGCCUAAUUUUAUCUCUAAAGCCCAGAUAUUCAUGUGGUAGUUAUAUGCUUCUUUGGUGUUAGCUAUGGUUCUACCUUGCCAUCA